GGUGGACAGAAAGGGGAAAUUACUUUUGAAGGAAAAAACUGACUUUCUGCCUAGAAAACAAUGCCUUCGCUCAAAGUCCAAACAAGUCUUUAGCGAGUACAUGUGAUGGAGAAAAGGAAGGGAGUGGAUCUUAGACAAAUAGGAGGUAAUAGGUCAUAAUGAUGCUUAAUGACAGACAUGGCAUUCCUUCAGAACACAAAGAGCAAUGAAAACAAACAAACGAUCACACAAAUAAUAACAAGGGCUAAAUAAAAGCCCCGGUCUCUGACCUUCCACAUUCGUAGUACAUUUUCUACACUUUGAGACUCAACUUCUCCAGAGAGAUCGUACAAUAUUUAAAAUUUUAAAUUCAAGUCAGCCUAUUUUUUUCCUCCCUUAAGUAAAGUAAUCUGUUUGGGAAAAGGAUGGCUCUUUCUCUCAGUUGAUGCAUAGAAUCAGUACAUUAGUGUUUCUCGACCACUAAGACGAUUUUAUUUAUUGCAUUUCAGUUACAUAUCUACUGAAUUUGUUGGAGAAAUUUUUUUUGGAUGUACUUGCUUGACUGGUUGAACAUUUGUGAGUUAAAAGGAUCUAAACCAGAGUGGGGAAAACGUCUGUUGCAUGUCUGGUCAACCAAAAGAACUUCUAGAAGGAGCUGAAAGAAGAGAGGCACCAGCUUUUAACAGUAGCCCUGGUCAUUUUACUCCGUUGGACUGGUAUCAGAAAGGAUUGAAAAUUUCCAUGAUAUCCAAUUUUCUGAUGUUUAUUAGCUAAUUACAUCCUGAUGGUGUGCUUAAGCAUGUGUUACUAACACUGCUGUUGCUGGUAACAGAAAAGAAAAACUGGUCAGCUGGGACAUACUAAUCUAAAACAAGUUUGUAACACUCAUUGUAAGUCACAUUCACCAUGGAACCAGUCCUUGAUUUCUCCUCCCUCCCUCACCCGACCCCCACAGUGACAUAUGACCCUAAGUCUGAAACCGUGACUUUCCCAAGUGGGGUGGUCUCUGUUGCAGGUAUCACUGUGAUAACUGGGGGCACUGAGUUGUCCUGCAGCUCCUGUAUGUUGGCCUUUGGGUUUUGGGGCACGUUGGUUGGCGUGAGUGCACUGUGUGUGGGACUGAGGGAGUACUUUCUGCUAAAUGAGAGCAAUAUUUCAAGUCUGCUGGCUCUGGGUUUGGCGAUCCUGUUUAUAAGUCUAGGUAUUAUAGUUGGAGUAUUUGGGGUUCGUUUCAUCAUGAAGAAGACAGGGAUGAUGAUAAAAGAGACAGAAGAAGGAAAAGUUGUCCUGGUUGGUGAGGGAAGGCAGAGUGUCAUAAAAACAAUAACUGUCUGA